GAGGCGAAAGGUGCCCUCUUGUUGCCCGGCCUUAUUGUUCCUCCAUGGCGGCCCCGAUUGCAGUGGAAGACUUUGCGGAAGACCUGAGUUGUUCCAUCUGCCUGGAGCUCUUUUCUGACCCCGUCAUCCUGGAAUGCGGGCACAACUUCUGCCAGGUCUGUAUCACCCGCUACUGGGAAGAGAUACCUGACGACGGCAGGGAGGACACACCACUUCCCACCUGCCCAGAGUGCCGCCGCGAGAUCCCAGGGGGCAAGUUUACGGCCAACCGGCUGCUUGGGCAGCUGGCGCAGAAGGCAAUGGAGUCCCUCUCGGCCCACGCCAGCGACGAAGACGCUGAACUCGAAGAGAAUGGCGAGGAGGUGCAGGGGGACCUCAUCUUCUGCACGGAGGAUGGCUGCCUGGCCAGGGCCUUGCAACCGGAACACUGGGGGCACCAGUGCCUUCCUCUGGAUGAGGCUGUAGAGCACUACAAGGAGAUCCUGACAGUUUCUCAGGCCCUGCUGGAAUCCAAAGCCCAGGCGGCGAAUUCGUUGCGAGAGCUGAGCACCCAGAAGAUCCCGGAAAUCGCAGCCCAGCGGCUCCGACUGGAGCAGCACCUCUCGGCCCAGUUCCUCGAGCUCCACCAGUGGCUCCAGGAGAAGGAGGCGGCCCUGAGGAGGGAGAUUCGGCGGGAGGAGGAGUCGCUCCUCAGCGAGUUGGAGACCAACCAGCGCAACGGGCAAGAGCAAGUCCGUGUGGCGGAGGAGCAGGUGGCCAAGAUCCAAGCUCAGCUGGAGGAGCAGCAAGAUCCUGAGAUGUUCCUUAAGAACAUCAAAGCUUUCGUGGAAAAGUAUUGCCCCAGUGAAGAGAAAGGGUCCGUGUUGCCGGUGGUCUUCCGGGAUUUCAGCCUGGGCCAGUUUAAAGGCCCCAUUCAGUACACGGUGUGGCGAGAGAUGCUUCCGGCUUUGAGACCUGCUCCGUGCCGUGUAACAUUGGACCCUGCCACCAACCAUCCUAACCUGGUGCUCUCCAAGGACCUCGACGCUGUACAUUUGGUCGAAAACCUGGAGGAGGAAGUUCCCGACGGGCCCGAGAGGUUCAGCAAGUCUGUAUGCGUGCUGGGUGCGCAGGGUUUUACGUCAGGGCGCCAUUACUGGGAAGUGGGAGUGGGCAACAAAACCAGCUGGGACAUUGGUGUGGCCAAGGAAUCGGUCAACAGGAAGGAAGCCAAAGUGACGGUCAAGCCCAGCAAUGGAUUCUGGGCCAUCUGGCUGCGGAAUGGCAGUGAAUACAAGGCGCUUGAUUCUCCCUCUAAGCAGCUGGCCCUCAAGACCAAACCUCUGAAAGUGGGGGUCUACCUGGAUUACGAAGGGGGACAGGUCUCUUUCUACAACGCUGACACCAUGGCCCACAUCUUCACCUUUUCUGAUGCCUUCUGUUUUUCCAAGAACGAGACGGGGGUUCAUUCAUUAUCCAUUUUCAAAUGA